CGGCCGCUCUCUCGCUCGACGCGACGGCUCGAGAGUCGAGAAGCCUCCUGCGCCCCUCGCCUCCCGCCCAUUAAUACCACGCGCACUCCGCUCCGCUCCGCGCUCGCCCCCCAUGCCCGCCUCGCCGCUGCCAGUGCCAGUGCGCCACCAUGCUCGGCGCGGCGCUCCGACUGCGCGUCCGCGUGCUCCGCCGCCGCCGCCGCCGCCUCCACCGCGGGCGCCGCCGAGGCAGACGGGUCGGGGAUGACGACAGCGAGGAGGGAGGCCGGGAGCCGGUGCUGCUGGUGUCCGGGAUGGGCGGCUCCGUGCUGAACGCGCGCCGCAAGUCCAACCCCAAGUUCGACCUCCGGGUCUGGGUGCGCAUCCUCUUCGCCAACCUCGACUUCAAGAAGUACCUCUGGUCGCUCUACAACGCCGACACCGGGUAUGUGGAGUCGUUGGACGACGAUGUGGAGAUUGUUGUACCGGAGGACGACCAUGGCCUGUUUGCCAUCGACAUUCUUGAUCCUUCCUGGUUUGUAGAACUUCUCCAUCUGUCUAUGGUGUAUCACUUCCAUGAUAUGAUUGAUAUGCUCAUAAACUGUGGAUACGAGAAAGGGACCACACUAUUUGGAUAUGGUUAUGAUUUUCGCCAAAGCAACAGGAUAGACAAAGCGAUGGCUGGUUUGAGAACAAAACUUGAGACAGCUUAUAAGACCUCUGGAGGGAAAAAAGUUAAUUUAAUCUCACAUUCUAUGGGCGGAUUGCUAGUUCGCUGCUUCAUGUCUAUGAAUCCUGAUGUAUUCACUAAGUAUGUCAACAAAUGGAUUUGCAUUGCUUGUCCAUUUCAAGGUGCCCCUGGAUGCAUCAAUGAUUCUCUACUUACUGGAUUGCAAUUUGUUUAUGGUUUUGAGAGCUUCUUUUUUGUAUCUAGAUGGGCAAUGCAUCAACUGCUUGUUGAAUGCCCAUCAAUCUAUGAAAUGUUACCAAAUCCGGAAUUCAAGUGGAGGGAAAAACCAAUUAUUCAGGUUUGGCGUAAGGAUCCUGAAAAGGAUGGGAUUGUGGAGCUUGUCCAGUAUGAAGCGACUGAUUGUGUGUCCUUGUUUGAAGAAGCUUUAAGGAAUAAUGAGCUCACGUAUAAUGGAAAGAAAGUAGCGCUACCAUUCAAUAUGUCAGUCUUCAAAUGGGCCACCAAGACCCGCCAGAUCCUAGACAAUGCUGAAUUACCAGAUUCUGUGAGCUUUUACAAUAUAUACGGGACAUCUUAUGAAACUCCAUAUGAUGUAUGCUAUGGCUCAGAAAGCUCCCCGAUUGGAGAUCUGUCGGAAGUGUGUCACACAGUGCCGGCAUACACUUACGUGGAUGGAGAUGGCACAGUUCCCACAGAAUCGGCACGGGCUGAUGGGUUCUCUGCGAAAGAAAGAGUUGGCGUCGAGGCUGACCACCGUGGCCUGCUGUCUGAUGAGAAUGUAUUCAAGCUUCUCAAGAAAUGGCUCGGUGUGAGCGAAAAGUCAGAGUGGCGUUGCGUGUCAAAAUCCAAAGUGGUAGACCUUUGCACCUAACUGCGUUGCCCUGUAGAUGUCAUCGCAAUCUCAGGAGGACUGUUAUUUUGGCCUUUUCCCUGAAGAGAAGAUGAAACAAAAUUCUGGUGAUUGUAUAUAUUUGUAGGCCUUGUUUAGUUCCGAAAAGAUUUCGGAUUUCGGUACUGUACCCAGUGGCAGAGCUGAGGAACUUUCACGACUAGGGCUAAUACUAUGAAUUACCAACAUCGAUCACAUGCUAAUGAACAAAAGUAAUGCUAAUAUGUAGAUUUAGCUGAAAAAAAAGCAAAAGAAA